CCUGGACGAGCAGGCUUUCCGGCUGACAAAGGAAGUAUGGGAAUACCAGGGAGAAUGGGCUUAAAAGGACACACAGGGGAGAAGGGCGCACCAGGCGAGCCAGGUCUAUCUAUCAUUGGACCAAGAGGACCUCCUGGACAACCCGGAACAAGAGGCUUUCCAGGCUUUCCGGGUCCAAUUGGUUUGGAUGGCAAAUCUGGUCAGAACGGAGGGAAGGGAGACAUGGGUCAGCGUGGUCCUAAAGGACAGCCAGGGGAACUUGGACCCAAAGGAGAAAAGGGCGUAUGUGGAGACUACACACACCGGGACCUCUUUGUGCAGGAUCUUCCAUUGAAAACCUUGGCUGCCUUGCGCUCCAGUCAGUCUCUGAUGUUAAAGGGCGAGCCUGGAGCGCAGGGACCCCCAGGACUUCCAGGACCCCCUGGACCCCCAGGCUUGAUUGGAACUGGUGGCACACCGGGUAAACCCGGUGAGCCAGGCAAACCAGGAAAAGACCCAAGGCUCAUACCAGGACUGAAGGGUGAGCCAGGUGUUCCAGGGCAUAAGGGUGAUCGAGGCAAUGUAGGCCCAUUAGGACCUGAAGGCCCUAAGGGAGUUAAAGGUGAUCAGGGAAUUGAGGGAGAUGAAGGAAAGAGAGGUUUCCCAGGAGAGAGGGGCGAGAAGGGAGACCGAGGUUUCCCAGGCGCUCCUGGGUUUAAGGGUCAGGCUGGCAUCUCUGGUACCCCUGGCAUCCCUGGCAAGAGGGGCUACAGGGGUGAAAAGGGAGAGUCAAGCACAGCAGCCACAGGUAUUAAAGGAGAACCAGGUUCAUCAGGAUUGCCAGGCUUAGCGGGACCCAAGGGUGAAAAGGGUGAUACAGGAGUCGAGGGGCAUGCAGGUGCUGAAGGCCCAGCUGGACCAAGAGGUCCUCCAGGCCUAACUGGAGAGCCAGGAAAGGCUGAAAUUCAGAAUAAUGAAAAUGAUAUUCGCAACAUACCUUUGAUGGGUCCCCCUGGAUUACCUGGACCUCCAGGGUCCCCUGGCAUCUCAGGUGUCAAGGGCGAUGUCGGUCUACCAGGUCCACCUGGACUGGACGGCGAGAAGGGACCCAGAGGGAAGCCAGGGGACCCUGGUCCUUCAGGCCCAGCUGGUCCUCUAGGUCCCAGAGGCGAGAAUGGUGUCAUGGGCUUCCCGGGUCCCAAGGGAGACAUGGGACCAUCUGGAUCACCUGGUUUAGAUGGCCCUACUGGUGAAAAGGGGGCUACAGGAGCCUCUGGCUCUAUUGGAUUACCUGGCGCAAUGGGUCAUAAAGGCGAACCUGGAGAAGUAGCGAGGUCGGAAAUGAUAUAUGGUCCUCCAGGGCCCUCAGGACCUCCAGGACCAGUUGGCCCAGCAGGAUCCCAAGGAUUUUCCGGGCCUAAGGGAGAGCCAGGCAUCGGCAUCAGAGGAGAAAAGGGAGCAUCAGGUCAUAAGGGCGACAAGGGAGACAGAGGCCAUCUUGGACUACCUGGGGCUCAUGGGUUAGACGGCAGACCGGGUCCAGUGGGUCUUAUAGGACCCGCAGGUGUGUCAGGGCCAGCAGGACCAAAAGGAGAGAGAGGUGAAAAGGGAGACGGAGGAUUACCAGGACCAUCUGGGCCUCAAGGCAUCCCUGGUUUAGUAGGACCACAAGCACUCAAAGGGAACCGGGGAGAGAGGGGCAAGAAAGGCAACAGGGGGGCCAAAGGGGAUAAGGGAGACCAAGGAGCACCUGGAUUAGAUGCCCCCUGUCCGUUGGGGGACGAUGGCUUACCUGUACCAGGAUGCUGGAAUAAAGGUCAACAUCCUUUCCAACUGGCUAAGAAGUAGGGCUACCCAAGACUGACCCGAGAAGACACAGAGAGGAAACUUGAAGACAUUCUGAGAUAUCUUUGAGUUUUUAACCUAAUCUGGAGUUGGCAUUUUCAACGUUUUUCCAGGAGGCUGGACCCAGGGCCAGUGAUGUUGGAAGCUUCAGUGGCAGCAAUGAGCAUUUUAACUUCAAAAAGAGUGAAAAGUACAAGCCAGUUAGUCAUUGAAGGCUCUCAGGACAGGACAAACAUCACAAGCCAUGGAGAGAUGCAGUACCUACUGAUGUGUUGCUGAUGACUACUUACACAUAGAUCUAUAAAACUCUAGUGAAAGUCAUGGACACUUUAGCCGUUUGUUGUGUUUCCAAUUGUGACAUCAAUACUGCAACUGUGUUCAAGAAUUCAGAGCAGCUCACAGAGCAGAGAGAUGCCAUGUGUUUUCAUGAAAAACCAAAAAAACACGGAAAAAAAAACUAAGGGAGACCCUCUUGAUGAUUCCUUCAUGACACUGCCUUUUUUUUAAUCCCAUUACCUGCAGCUAUUACAUUUUAUUUGAAUGAUUGUGCAGUAUAGGAAAUAUCAGCUUUGACAUCAGGUCUGGUCAUAUAUGAGAUAUAGUUAUAUAUAUUUUACUCUACAAUUGAGGUGUUUAGGGACACCACGAUUCAAUGAUGUAAUUGUAAGUAUUGUACAAUAUAAGACAAAGGAUUGUAUGUAUAAAAGUACUCUGUCUUUGUAAAUAGAUUGCAUUGAUGAAACAUAGAUUUUACAUACAGAGGGAAUACAAAGGUCAGUAUUCAUGUGUUGAUUAUAUCAUAGUUAUAACUAUCUGCAAUUAUGGUUUUUGAAAAAAACAUUUUGGCUUUGUGUAAACCAACACUUUGUAAGUCCGCAAAUUCUACAUUUGCAUGCUGCAUAUCCAGGCUCUCUAACAUGCUACGAGAUAUACUGCAUGUAAAUAUACAUCUUUCGACUCAAAAACUUUAAUCAGAUGAUGGCAGAUAAUGUAUUGCUUUGUCACCAAUGAUGUGAAUUUAUCUUUGGUUAAUUCAAAAAAGUUGCUUGUUACAGCAGUGACUACAUGCAAAUAUUAAAAAUGCCAUUCAUCUGUGUUGAAAAUCAAAAUAAUGACUAUGCUGUUUCAAAUCAAAUAUCCAGAAGCAUUCCUUAUGUCAUAUUGACAGCUGCCUUUUAAACAGACCGGGGUCAAAAUGAUGUUUCAUUUUUAUUUAUUUGUUGGUUUGUAUUCUAUUAAUUUUCUUGAGUAAUUGCAAAAUGUAAGAAAAUGUUUAAGAGUGUCACUGUCUCAAAAGGUGCAUGUGUUGUUUCAAAACAUUGUUUAGUGGGUGAGAUUUGCCUGUUACAAAAUGUUUAAAUUUAAAUCAAUAGUUGUACUAUGUGUGAAUGGAAUCUUCAUAACAAAUUACAGGAUGCAAAUUAUGAUUUAUUAUUGGAGUGACUAGAGAUUUUAAUUCUAAAAAGGAAUCUUUGAUGUCUGAGAGCUCAGAGUGCUGUAACUUUAGAAAACAAGAGCAAAAAAGGAAAACAUAACAUCAUAGUUCUGACGUGUUUUCUCUAUUUAAUUGUUUUGUGUAAAUAAUUGAAAUUUCUCCAUUGGAUCACAUUGUCCAUCUUGUAUUUGUAUUUAAAAGUAAUACAGUGUCCUGAGCUCACUUGGACACACACAAAGGUUACUGGUAAUAGCAUUAGAUUUUUCAGUUGUUUGAUAGUUUAAGUUACCAUUAAAAAAAAAAAAUUCCCCAUCAGGCAAUGUAACACACAGCAACUCAUUUAUUUAAUAGAUACUCAUAGAUUGUGGUCCUUACAGAUCUGGUUGUUGUAAGAAAACUGUUGUUUUCAUCUUCAACAUUUUACACCUUGAAGUUAUUUAGUUUCUGCCUCUAUAUUUCACAUUUAUUUUUUGCACAAAUAUGAAACUAACAAAUUUCUUUCAAAGUGAGAACAAGUUGUACAUUUCCCAUAUUUACUUGGUUUGCCUUGCCACAACUUAUCUCUAUCUUUAAGCCAUAGAAUAGCAACAGAGUCGCCUUUAUAUGAGCAAAGGGUUACAGAAUUUAUGGUUUAUAUAUUAUAUACAAGUGUAAGUUUUGAUCCAUCCACCAAAAGUCGUUUCUGGACAUAAUACAGUUAGUACACAUAUAGUCUUUGGUUUUGUGUCAAAUGUGAAGCUGUAUCUGCGCAACAUGUCGUUGCUGUGACUCUUUCACUUGAUGAGCUUGUUAAGCCAUUGAGAUGGACAUUAGAAUGAUAAACAGACAGCAAUUUAUUUUUCUUAAUUUUUUGACAUCAAGUUUAUAACUAAAAAUAGUAUAAUAUAAUAGUACUAGUACUAUUAGCAUUGAUCUGUCCCAACUCACAUAGAUUAAAAAUAAAGACGGCUGACAUGUCCUCCCACUGAAGACAUGAAAACAAAAAUAUCAUGGAUGCCAGUGCUGCCAUCUGACACUGUUGACUUAAAUGGGAGCCCAUGGCUGUGCACUAACGGUUAUUAAUCAGUACUACACCAUAUCAAAGUCCACACUUGAUGUUUUAUCAAAUUUUUAUAGCAUACAUUUUUUAUGAUAAAAUAACGACAACGUUUAUCAUGCCACAAACCACUUGAAUAUACACCAGGAGAGCUCCCUUAAAUACAGACAUCUUUGGAAAACUAUGUAUUUAAUGUGUAUUCUGAAUUUAUGGUUUGGUCCAUGACCUGUCUUCUAACUUGUAUGGGUAGAGUUUAUGAUCUAUACUGUAGCAGGACAUUAAGUGGUAAUCAAGAUAUUUUGGCAUGUCUUCCAUUUACCUUAACCGAAUCCUAACAAGAGCAGUGAAAGAGGGAAAGUGUUUCACUCAGGUAUGGAACACUCUUCAAGUGAAAAAUUACCAGUCUCUACUUUGGAUUUGCAGGAUCAGUUGCACAAUAUUUUUGUUUUGUUUUGACUAACACUGUCAGCAUUUAGAUUUGCAACCAAACAAAGAUAAAGUUGGAAAUAAAGUGUACAUAACCACUGUUCAACACCCUGCUUUAUUUUGCUAAAAAGGAAAUAUUCUAUGUAUAAUUAUUUUUGAUGUGAAUCUCUGUACUAUCAAUUUAGAACAGUAUUUGAGGAUGGGAAAGUGGGCAUUAUACAGAACUUGCAUGUUAUUGUUUAGCCUGUAUUAAGCACUAUUAUUUACAUUUUGUUUUCAUCUUUUUUUUCUUUAUAUUGGAAUGUUAGAUUAACUUGACAUUUGAGGAUUUUCUCUGGAUAGUCUAAAGAAAUCUGAUAGCCGAGUGACCUUUGUGCCAAUUUCUAUGCUAACACCACCUUGAAUUGAUAUUUGUAAGAUUGUUUUCCGUGAUUCAGUAUGACUUCCAACCACAGGUAAGGAAUUUAUUGCAGCCAACAUGCUGCAACCUACCCCUGUUAUUUAAGUGUGGUGUCGCAAUGAGAUAAGGUAAUGAAAUUGUUUUGUGCUUUCCAAAAGAAUUUAUCUUUAUUUUUUAUAAUCCAAACAAUGGCAGCUGUUGUUACUGAUUGCCGAACAGAUUCACUGCUAAGUACAAUUAAAGUAUUUCAGCAAUUUGUCACUGACUCAGAAUAAAGAAACCAAAUUGCAAUGCAAGUGAAA